CUUGUAAACCAUUGUCAUUCGUACGGCUUGUAUCGAUUCGAUACGCAACACGAUAAUCGGAAUCUCCCUAAUUCCUUAGGCAGCGAAUUGAAUGAUAAUCGGGAAUCGAAAUUAGAAAAUGAAGAGAACACCGUCUGUUGUGUGGCGAUUCUUCGAUCGUAUUGAACAAGAUGGACGAGUUGUUGCUAUUGUGUGUAAAUUAUGUGAUGCUCGAUAUAAAUACUUCGGUAAUACGACUAACUUGCGAUGUCAUUUGGUAAAUAAGCAUCCAAUUCAAUGGGAGUUGGGGCAGAAUGAAACUCUGGAGGAAGGAUUUCGUGUAGCUGCUACAGAUGACGAAACUAAUCAAUCUACACCGCGACCCCGGCAAAAGAGAUAUAGGAAAUCGGAAACGAAUGAUAACGUACGUUAUUCAAUUUCAGUAAAUAAAGAUCCCAGUGUUCUGGAAGGGAACAUGCCCAUAAUAAAAGUAGAUGUUUUGGAAUCAGAGACCGAUAUUGCACAUGAUGAUGAUACUCAAGCAACUAUAAACCUAGUUAAACAGUUGCAUAGGGGUUCUGAUGAAGAAUGGCUUAAUGAGGAUGUGUUUGAUACAGUGACUGAGACUUAUACACAACCACAAAAAAAGAGAAAGAUAUAUAGAAAAAUAAAACGAGAAGUCAUUUCACCUGCACCUACCACUUAUGAACCUAAAAAACAAAUUAUUAUACAGAAUAAUAGGAGAGAUGAAUAUCACGCUUUUGGUGAAUAUGUUAGUAAUAAAUUAAGGAAAUUUAAUAAUAAUCAGACACAAUCCAAUGUUCAACAACUAAUAACAACUAUUUUAUGGCAAGCGGAAUAUGGAGUAUAUGAUAAUAUGGACACAGUAAAAAGGAUUUUAUUACAUUCAAUGCAAGAUAUGGGGUCUCCAUCACAAGAAGGGGGGACUCUACAUAUUAGUCAUCAAGAGCUUGAGAACAUGAAUGUAAAUGUAGCUGUAAACCCAAUUGCAGAGUAACGCAAAAACCCAAAGACAUUAGACUAUAAUAUUACAUUAGUUUUAAAUACAAGUGAAUUGUAAAAAUAAAAUUAUGUUA